AUGUUAGCGCGGGGCGGCGCCCGAAUUCUUCCUGUGGUUCCACAGCUGAUCGUUCCAAUGAAGGCGGCAUUUAACACGAAGGACCCUACCAUCAUCUGCACGAUCAUGAAGGUGCUGCAGACGUUGGUGCUCAGUGGUGACAUGAUCGGGGAAGCUCUUGUUCCGUACUACCGGCAGAUCCUACCCACCUUCGCUCUCUUCAUCGGGAAGAAUAAGAAUCUGGGGGAUGAGAUGGACUACUCGCAGCGCAAGCGCUUGAACCUCGGGGAGCUGAUCCACGAGACACUGGAGAUCUUGGAGGCUCAGAGAAGUGGUUUUAGAGGAUCUUUUCCGUUGGUUUUUAUGGGGUUUUUUAGGGUUCUACAUGCUUGUUGA